AUGUGGUUUUAUAUUAGCAGCUUGCUAAUAUGCGUAUUAUUAGGCAUAGUUCGUUUCGCAAGUGCUGGCACAUACAGUUCAAGUUAUGAGGCCCAUAGGAAUUCUCUGCUUAACAUCUUUCACAAUCCAUUUGUGAAUGACUCUAUUAAGGAAAGAAAUAUUCCGGAGCUAAUCGCUUUUUAUCAUCGCUAUCCCACAGACGUUCCUCUUUCCGACGCAGACAGGCAACAAUUUGAAAGGUUUAUUCAUGACUACAGGGACUACCGGAGAGUUUUGAUUGAUGGUGUUCCGCCCCAAGGAGGAACAUUUGGAAACGUAUUCGGACACUUCCUAGGCAGAGUCGGAACGCGGUAUAUUUCGUCUCUGUUUAAUAAGAAAAGGGAGGAAGGCCAGUCCACCCAUGCCAAAAAUUCCACUACACCGCCUUCAAGGAUUCAAGACAUAACUAAAUAA